AAAUAACCAUUUAUAUUAUUGCUAUUAUAGCAUCAAUAUUUGGAAAUUCAGCCGUUGUUCUAAGUGUUUUAAUGAAACGAUCAUUACGUGUUACGGUUAAUUUAUAUUUAGCUAAUUUAGCUGUUGCCGAUAUAUUAAUCUGUAUAUGUUGUAUGUGGGUACAUUUAAUCAAUCAUCUAACAGCACCAACAUAUGUACUUGGUCCAUUUUUUUGUAAAAUUAAUUCAUUUGCACAAAUGACAUGUUUAACAUCAUCAGUAUUGUCAUUAUCAGCAAUUGCCUGUGAUCGUUAUAUGGCUAUUAUGUAUCCAUUACGUACACGUGUUACAAAACAACGUACCGGUAUUGUCAUUACUUGUAUUUGGAUUGUAUCAUUAAUCAUAUCGAUACCAUUUUAUUAUUCUCGACGUUAUGAAACAGUUAAAUGGGUAGAUUAUACACAAACAACCUGUAUGGAAGAUUGGCCAUAUACAAUGACAUAUUCAGAAAAUGAUGGUGUUUGUUAUAAAAAACAUACAAUGAAAACAUUUUAUUAUACAUUAGUUACAACAACAUUAUUUUUUGUACCAGUAUUAAUAAUGAUAACAGCAUAUUCAGCUAUAAUUCUAAUAUUAUGGGGUAAUCGUUUACCUGGUGAAGCAAAUGAAAGUAAUUUAAGACAUCAGAAAAAAUCUAAAAGAAAGGUAAUCAAAAUGGUUGUUGUUGUAUUAUUAGUAUUUGUUAUUUGUUGGCUACCCUUACAAUUGAUUGUAUUAUAUUCAAUUUAUUUUCAUUCAAGUAAUGAAAUGCUACCAAGCUGGUUUGGUAAUCUGAUAUUCUAUUCAUAUUUUAUUGCCUAUUCAAACAGUGUAUUCAAUCCGAUUAUUUAUGGUGGUUUUAAUCGUAAUUUUCGUGAUGCAUUAUAUAAAAAUGCAUUCUGUCAAAGUUUAUGGUGUUUUAAUCAUAAUAAUAAUAAUCGUAAUGAUAUUGGUGGUAAUGGUAUUGGUACUGGUGUUGGUGGUGGAACACGUAAGUGGCAUCAGCCUCGUUUUACCGAUGUUGCUCAUUAUUCUGAUCAUCAAUAAAAAUUUGCAAUUUUUUUUUUGAUAUGAAAAAAUGCAUUCAAAAUUCUUCCUUUUCUCCUUUUUUCUACUAAUAAUUCCUACCAAAAUUCAUCAUCACCACCAAAGUGUCCUGUUAUAUCUCCAUAUCUCCAGCCUGAAUCACUAAAAUGCAUCAAUUUUUUUUUUAAUUUUCCUGGUUUUUUUCAAAUAACAAAAAAUUAAUUAAUUUAAAUUUUAUUCCAUAAUUGAAAUGAGAAAAAAAAAGAAAA